ACUAGAACUUUCAUGUUUGUUAAAGGACUUAUGGCCCCUAAUUUCUCAUCUACAAUCACACUCUUUUCCUAUUUUCCAAUGAUCACACUAUAAAUAUUAAAUACCAAGAAUCUUGAUUUUCAUGGGUAAAAUCAAGAAACUAUAGAAUAUGUUGGAAGGGAAAGCAUAUGUUAAGGACACAGAUAUGCCAUUGAAGAUGCAGGCUCAUGCCAUGGAUUCUGCAUCUCAAGCUCUUGAUAUCUAUGAUGUUGUUGACUACACCUCCAUUGCUGCUUACAUCAAGAAGGAAUUUGAUAGGAUUUAUGGAAGUGGAUGGCAAUGUGUUGUGGGUUCAAAUUUUAGUUGUUUUUUCACUCAUUCAAAAGGGUCUUUCAUCUAUUUCUCAUUGGAGACUCUAAGUUUCCUUAUCUUUAAAGGUGCUUCUUGAUUUUCAUAAUCAAGCAUUAGGGUUUUUCAUCUUUAUAUUAUGUAUAGAAUAGAGAUAUAUUGUCCCAAAUCACUAGCAGUAUUUAAUUUUGUACCCUUUUUAUUUGGCCAUGAUCUUAAUUUCAGAUUAGUUGAAACUA